CUAACAUGACGUAAACAGCUUAUGAAUCGGGUGGUGUUGUCACUAUGGCGGCGAAAACAGCAAAGUUGGAUUAUUGAAAUAAUGAUAUAUUGUUCAUGGAGACUUCUCAAUUAUUUGUAUUCUGGAUAUCAGGAAAUGUAUAUAUAUCUUAACAUAACAUAACAGACACAUACAACAUGAGAUUUUCUUUAAAAUAAUGCCAUCAGGAAAGGUAUUUUGUUUAUUCUUUUCAAAAUUCUUGUGCUAUUUAGUAUAAACAGUACAUAUUUAUAUUAAAGUGUUACAUAGCCCGAAACUUGACAUUAUACAGUGAGAAUAUAGUGUGUUGCUGUGGACCAUUUCUGUAAACGUGUAAUAGACAAAUAAUGCGAAUUAAAAAAGAGACAUGUGACGGUAGGUGGUCCAGUGACAGUCAACUUUCCAUAUGACAUGCAGUAUGUAUUAUGUGUCUGUUGUGCUGUGGGGUGAUUGGAUGACUUUGCACUUUGACUGUAAUUUUUGCAUUCAAAAAUUAAAUGUUGUGGGGGAAAACAUUGGGGCUUUGUGUUAAUUGCCAUUGCCCUACAGCUUGGGGAAAUGAAAUGAAGGGACUUUAACAAGUCAUUGUUUUGUAUUCUGAGCAUUCAUUUUUAUAUGACUAGCCAAACAGUUUCACAUGCCUGCCUGGAAAGUUUGGAAAUUGCAUGCCAGAGAUUUUAAAAAUUUAAUAGUAAAUAUAUAGAAAGCAUCAAAAUUGCGUGCCAGAGAUAUCCGUCGUGCGAUACAAACUUUCCACACUGGCUCACAUGUAAGUUUCAGUGGUGUUACUUGACUAUUUUUACCACUUGCCAUCAGGUCCAGUUUUGCUCUCACAUAUUAACAAAAUCUGAAGCAAAUGAUUACAGGAUUGAUUAAUCAAUUAACAAUCUAAUCUUAUAUAAGACUUAAUCAUGAAGUGUUGAUUUCAUCUGAUUUACUAAUUCUUUGUUUGCAAUGACAUAAUUGUGGGAUUUCAGACAGUUUAAGACUCAAAAGAUGAGUUACCGUUCAGUUUUUCUUGCUACAACCAUUCUGAUAGAAGAGAAAUUGUCCACAAGUUGUUUGAUUGCCCGUCAUUUGGAUGAAAAAUCAUGUGAUUGCAAACAAAGAAUAAAGAAUCAAAAACAGAAUACAUAACAUAAACAAGCAAACAGUUUUGUGUUCAAUAAGUAGCAAUAAAUUUCUAGAAAAACAUUGGUUACCAUUAGGUUUUUCAGUCACCCCACUGACACUUUCUCAUUGGGACAAGGCAAUAUUUUCCAAAGUUAACCCCAUUUUUAGCUGUGACCAAUGUAAUAUUUAAAUUGGUUAACUAAUUGUAAGCUUACUCCAGAACCUUUAAAACCAUUAUUUUUGGGCAGGUUUAGUUUAUUAUAUAGAGAAUAAUGCAUGGGUGUGCGGAAAUACCAGAUUUAUUUCGAGUGUUGAACAUGAUAUCUCACGAGUGAGCGCAGCGAACGAGUGAGAUAUCAUGUUCAACACGAGAAAUAAAUCUGGUAUUUCCAAGCACCCAUGUAUUUUUCUGUUUAUUACAUAAAGGACAGUCUUUGAAAAGCGAUAAUUUUUACAGAAAAGCGAUAAUUGAAAAGCGAUAAUUUUCACAUGUGAGAUUAUCAUGAAUAAUCUCACAUGUGAGAUUAUCACUUUUAUCAGUGCUUGAAAUCUCUAUAAAGCACUAUACUUUAUAUAAUAAAACAUUAUAAUAAAUUAUGAAUAAUUUAUUUCUUCAGAAUAAAAGUAAAGAAAACACAUGGACUGAAAAAGAUUUGACAGAUGCAAUACAGGUUUGUGCUAUGUAUUGGGCUCACUGUGUUCUUUUUGUCAUGUGACCCUUGCAUAGUUGUUAAAAAUGUUGCUCGCUUGAUAUCAAAUAUAGCUUGAUUUGUGCUUGCAUCAGUUGCAUGGUUUUUCAUGCUUUGUUGGUUCAAAUAAAUACUGAAAUAAUACAAUUGGAGACUUGAAAACAAAAUUUAUAUAUUAAAUGUUUAUUGUAGAUUAGCCUGCUAAUUAAGGACUCAAUUUUAUAUCAUUCUACAACACCCAUGUUGACAAAAACAUUGCAUGCUUAAGCUCUCUAUGUCUUAAAGUAGUUGACUAUCAUUGAUAAUAAUAAUUACAACCUAAAAACAUGGUGAGCUGCUUUUGACCACCAUGAAAAUGGCUUGCGCACAGAAGGUUUCACACAUGAUUUGAAUUAACAUCAUAUCUGGAAACUUGGUAACAGGGAAAAGGUUGAUCAUGAUGAGGUUUUUUAUUCCCAAAUAUUUCACACACAAAAAAUUCAUAUUUGGAGUUAGUUGCACUUUAAGGAUAUUUAACAUGAGGACUAAUUUUGGCAAUGGAUCAGGUUUUGGAUUAAGUUUGGGUUUAUAGGGAUAGAUUUAGGGUUAGCUUAAUUUACCAUUUAGAGUUGUUUAGAGUUAGAGCCCAAGUUGGGUUGUCUAAUUCCCAGACGUGGUUAGCGUGUUGGCAAGGUAGCACUUGAUUCAGGUGACGCUUUACUUAGCUUUGCACUUCCACUGGUAGUUGCAACAUUAGUUUCAGGGACAUUGCUGGGUGGGCCGGUUUUCCGCUCUCUUUUUUUCAUACUUGACCCAUUUUGACCAAUAUCAUUUCUGGGUUCCCUUGAUAAUAAUUGAUUUGUCAUCAUCAACAUCGUCUUCAAUGUGUAGGACUGAGAACUUGUUUUGACUGGGGGAUGUAGUUUGGUUGGUGAUCGAUUUAUUCAUUUGGCUCGGUACACGACACCAUGAAUGUUGUUGUUCAGUUUCUUUACUGGCCGACAUUUGGUAUACUUGAUCCCUAAAAGAAUCGUUAGCUGAUGCAUUUUAUUUCGUUUCGUAAUCAGCACGAAGUAUUUUCAGUGCCGUUAUGAGACUAAGCUUUUCAUUUUCUGUGUCCUUUAGUUUAGUAAUAAUGUAGAUCUGACAUUGAAUAUGAUAUGCCGUUAUUCCGUUCGCGAAGCACAUCGUUUUCCGCUUUAAGCUCUUGAUUUUCUUUCUUCAGCGACUCGAUGAGAUCGUACGUGCACUGACAAGCCUCUCUAUGCUUUAAACUAUCGAUUUCAUUACGCUGCAGUUCCGAUUCAACUCGAAUUUUAUUUAGCUGUGACAAUAUAUAUUCAACAACAUUUUGAAAGUCCACAUUCUCUUGGGAAUAGGGUUGUUUAUUGGUUUGCACUUUGCACCGGUGCCAGGGAUUCGGUUUGAAGCUCGAUUUCGUUGGUUUCUUCGUUAUUAAUCGAUUCAGCUAGAUUCACCAUCUCUCAGCAAAUCUUCAACCGUACUUGCUUUGCUUUCACCACCAUAAUAUUCGCACUUAGAAGAUUGCUGCUCGAAAUACCAAGAGUUGAAAGUAAUUUGCGUUCCUCUGCAGUUAUUGAACGACGCCAAAGCGAUGGAAAUCGUUUGUAAAUAGCACCCUUUAAUAAAUUAAUUGAGUGACCAACUUGGCUGCUGAUCAUAAGGUGCUCUCCUGCUUCAUUCAGUUGAAAAACGACAGGAUUUUCAGAUUUAAGUAUUUUAGCCAUUGUUUUAAUUUUAGCCACAGAAUACCAUUUUUUUUUAUUUCUCUUAUAAAAUUUGGAGGAAACAUGCUAUAUACUUAAUUUAUUCUUAAAAUUCUUAAAAAUAAUCUGGAUUAACAAGAAAUAAAAUUAGGGCUAAUUAGAGCAGUUUGCAGUUGUUUUUGCAAACGAGCACCGUGCGAAUUUUUCCAUUUGUCUUCUUUUAUUGCCAAUUGCCAAAUCAACCCAGCCCGAUUUCCAGAAAUAAUAAACAGAAAAAUCGUGAGUAUAUGAAAGAAUAUAUGAAAAAGAAAAGGUCUGCUCAAACCUCUGAGGGUAAACAGAAAAAAUCGUGAAUAUUGGGAAAAGAAAAGGUCUGCAUGCUCAACCCCCUGACGAAAAACAGAAAAAUCGUGAAUAUUGGGGAAAGAAAAGGUCUGCUCAAACCCCUGACGAAAAACAGAAAAAUCGUGAGUAUAUAAAAAACUAUAUGAGAAAGAAAAGGUCUGCUCAAACCUGUUUGUGAGGAUAAACAGAAAACUCGUGAGUAUAUAAAAAACUAUAUGAGAAAGAAAAUGUCUGCUCAAACCCCUGAGGAUAAACGGAAAAAUCGUGAGUAUAUAAAAAACUAUAUGAGAAAGAAAAGGUCUGCUCAAACCCCUAAGGAUAAACAGAAAAAUCGUGAGUAUAUAAAAAACUCUAUGACAAAGAAAAGGUUUGCUCAAACCCCUGAGGAUAAACAGAAAAAUCGUGAGUAUAUAAAAACUAUAUGAGAAAGAAACCUCUUAGGAUAAAUAGAAAAAUCUUGAGUAUAAGAACGUAUAUAGGAAAGGUCUGCAACUAAAGCUGAUCAGAAUAAGCACAAAGAACACUCCCUCAAAAAGCUGAUUUCAAAGUUUCAUGAUAUUGUCUCAAAUGGACCAAUUUACGUAUGUACCUGUUGCGAUCAACUAUGGUAUAAGCAUAGCGUGUUUAAUGCAUGCGGCACAACUCAGGCAAAGUAACCCAACUAUUCAAAAGCACUUACUGGGUAAAAGAAGUGUUGAUAAUAUUGAAUGACUAUGCAGAACAUGUCGAGAUUACUUGGCAAAAAAAUAAAUUUCCACGAUGCGCUGCCGUAAAUGGGAUGCAAUUUCCUUCCAAACCAGAAUUUUUUGACCUGAAUGAACUAGAAUGUAGAUUUCUUGCUCCUGGAUUAGUAUUCCAAAAACUGAUGCAAGCCCCUAGAGGAAGACAGCUAAAAAUUAGCGGAUGGAACUGGAGCCAUUAAAGUGAACCUUAAGAGAAGAUUGUAAUACAAUGAUACUUGGUUUGAGGAUAACUCUUAUAUUAUCUAUGAUGAAAGAAAUACUGAAAAUCUUUCGCGAGAGGAAUUAGUAAAAAUGGACUGUGACGAUGUAGAUAUUAGUAAGAUACAGCAAACAUCUGAUAAGGAAAAUUCCUUGGCGUGAAGACGAGGCCGAAAUACCUGCUGGAGUCACUGACACUAUGUUAACAUCUCCAGAUUUUAUCUCUGAUAAUGAAUGUCAGCAUAUUCUAAAUGUCGCGCACCUGGUGAGGGCAGUAGGCCUAUAAGUAUAUUUAGGGAUAAAUAUUCAGAGGAAUUAGCAUAUCCUGGUAUAUUUCUUGGACAGAAACGACCAGACAAUACAAAUAGACUAACUGCACUGAUGUGCAUUAUAGUGACAUUUGCAAAUCUGAAUUAAGAAUGUCUGACCGAAGGGCUGGUAUGUGUAAUGUGUAUGGAAAAUAUUUUCUUUAAGAUUAAAAAAAUUAAUGAAGAUUUAGCUUGGGCAAUCACAAGUUGCAUUAAGAAAAUGUCAACGAAAUAGUGGCACAGUCACUGCCGGUCAACUAAAACAACCAGGUGCACUAGAUAACAUGAUUCAUCACGAUCAAGGAUUUAGAUUUUUGAGAGCAUUAAGGGCUUCACCUCCAUAUUUUGAAAAGGCUAAAAGGAUAUAUUUGCAAUGAUAAGGCAGUUAGGACCUGCUUCAUUAUUCUGUAGUUUCUCUUCUGCAGAAACACAAUGGAUUCAUCUACUCAGAAUACUUGAUAAGUUUGUUGAUAACAAAGAAUACACUGACAAUGAACUUGAGAAGCUCAGUUGGGAACACUAAAGCAGGUUCAUUCAGAGUGAUCCAGUCACAUGUGCUAGGCAUUUUGAUUAUCAAGUACACAAGUUUUUGCAAAAGAGGUUUCACCUCUAGGGAAAAUUGUAGAUUGGUUUUACCGAGUUGAAUAUCAACAAAGAGUAUCACCUCAUAUUCAUAUGUUAAUGUGACUAGAAAAUGCUCCCACAUUUGGUGAAGAUUUAGAUUGUGUUGUUGUUUCAUUUAUUGAUAAAAUGAUCACGUGUGAAAAGCCAACUGGGGAUAAAGAGUUACUUACACUUGUGAACAGACAGGUUCACAGGCCUUAAAAUAUCUUUUCCAGGGCCGUCUGACAAAAUGUCCGGUGACGUUGAGUUCGGGUCGGACAUAUGUCCGAUGAUCUUCAGUUCAGUUUUGACUCGGAAAUAAGUCUGAAUGACACAAAUGAAUAAACGGUAAAUGUUGUAAAGAUAUUAAAUAAUUUGUUUCUUUCAUACUUAUUUCCAAGCCAAAAUUAACUUGCUUGCCAGAACAGCAGUAUUAAAAAAGACUUCAUCAACUUAAGCCCGUUUUCCACUUCACCAUUUCGCUCGCCGCCCGGCGCUCGACUACGUAAAAACAACAUUUCCAGUUCACCUUUUAUACAAUAGUACUCUGAUUUUCCAUUUAACAUACAAGCCUCUAGAACUGGGCUAGGGUACAUAUUGAUUUACGUCAGACAAAGCUACAGUUCGGUCGGACACCAAUACACUCGGGUCGGACAAACAAUAAACCUCAGUUUCAUUUUGGUCGGACAGAAUGUCCGGUAGUUUCCUCUCUACGUCGGUCAAUUUCACAAAUGGGUCGGACAAUGUCCGUGACCGACCGAUAUUUUAAGGCCUGGGUUCAUCGUAAUUCUUACACUUGUCGAAAGAAAUCCAAAAGUGUAUGUCGUUUUAAUUACCCACAACCACCAAUUUAAUUACCCCAAUCACCAACUAAUAUUUUAUAUCCAUUACAUAUUGAUAUCGAUGAUAUUAAUGAACUUGUACAACAUAAAGAUGCUUGGACGUUUAUUAAGAAACAUCUGAAUGAUAUGAAAGAGGGGAAAGACAUUGACAUUACAUUCAAACUGACAGAACAAAGAUAUGAUUCGAUCCAGCGUUAAGCCUUGAGGCUCCAACUAUAUUCUUAAAAAGAACCAAAUGAAUUAAGGAUUAAUAAUUGUAUUAUGCUGCAUGUCUCAGUGCAUGGCGCGCAAAUAUGGAUAUUCAGUUUGUACUCGAUGUAUAUGCAUGUGCAAUGUACAUUGUAUCAUAUAUAUCCAAAGCCCAAAAAGGUAUGAGUGAGCUGUUGAGAACUGUUUGUGAAGAAGCUGGAAGGGGAAACUCCAGUAUUAAACAACAAGUGAGAGAUAUAGGUUUUUAAAUAAUGUAGAAAUAAGUGCACAAUAAGCAGUCUACGUAGUACUGCAAGUCUGCAACUUCCAAUGAGAAAAUCGUCUCGUCAAGUUGUAUUUAUAAUUAUAAAUACUUCACCUCCUGAGGACAGAGUAACAGAGUUCAGUUGCUUAAACCAAUGCAAGAAAUCAAUGAUAUAGAAGAUGAUGCCGAUGAGGUCUAUGCACUUGGUUUAAUAAUGCGUUACACAAAACGACCAGCCAAACUUGAAAAUGUAUCACUUGUUGAUUGGGCUGCCUGGUACGACUGUUGUGGUAAACCACACAUCAAACCUUCUUGUGAAUUAGAUAUUGAUAACUAGCCACUUGAGACAAACAGUAUGGAAGAUAAUGACGAUGUGAAGGGAGAUUGUGAACAAAAGAAUAAGAAAUGAUCUAAAGCUAGAAUAAUUCGAAGGUUUUGCUUUUAUAAGAACAUUGAUUCUGAAAAGCAUUUCCGAGAACUUAUAAUUUUGUUCCAUGGAGGAACGAAAAAUCGCUAUUUACAAAGAGCGCUAUUUACAAGUUAAAAAUGCAAUAGAUCAACAAAUGAAACAGUAUGCUAUUUGUAGUGAUGACCUGAAUGACAUCCAACAACAUACCUCAUAUACAUUAUGUUGGUUUGAGCAGAGUAACAAAAAUUGAAGGCUUAUACAUCAACGACCUUUGUGAAGAAAAGAUAGCUGUCAAUCCUCAUGUUGCAGCUGAAAUGGAAUUGUUGAGGAAUGAACGUGCACUGAAACCGGCAGUGUUAUAUUAAGGAUGAAGUCUCUUUUAAAUAAUGCUACCUGAACACUUGAUCAUUGCACAAACAUAUUCAUGAUGUUCGACAUGAUCUAAAUAUAAAAAGAAACUCGCGUCAAUAUAUUUUCUGAAAUACGGUGUGCGAGCUCAGAUAAUGCUAGUAUGUAUAAUAUUGAUGGUUACACUUUGUUGAGAAAUGAUGGUAACUCUUCGACGUCAAGACCUUUUGGUGGCAUGGCAGUUUUUGGCAGAGUUGAAUUCUUAUCUGGAUAUCCACGUUGUCAUAAUAUUAAUGGCAUUGAGAUAACUAUUAUGAAAGUAAUGAUUCUUCCACAUGUUACCAUUUAUAUAGGUAUGUCCAGGUGAUCUCGGAACUCGGAAAAGGCACUAGUUGUAAAAUAGAAAUCCAUUUCUGGUUUAAAAUUACUCAAUAUCUCAUUAACGGUAUUAGAUUUCAAUCUCAAAUUUGUCCCAGAUAUCGAUAUUCAUUUCCCUGUGCAAGACACAGACACAAAGUUUGAAACAGUUUCACAAAAGAAUCGGGGCGUGACAAGUGAUUAAAGGUACAAAACUUACGAAACUGGAUUUCUAUUCUGUUGCUAGUCCCAGUCCUUUUGCUCACCUUCAGAUCACCUGGAUCGAUCACCCAGAAUUCCAGUUCAGCAACUGUUACUGUUAGCAGCAGUAAACGACGUUUUAAUGUUGUGUACUUCACAAUUUAACAUUUUCAUAGGUGAUUUUAAUGUAAAUUGGUUGAAUGAAGUCAAUAGAAGGUCUUUAUAUAAUCUUUUUGUCAAUGAUAACAACUACAGACAAUUAAUAUAUAGUGCCACUACAGACAAUAAGACGUUAAUAGAUCACAUUUAUACAAAUUUAAAUCACAAGUGAAUCCCCACAUCUUAGAAACAUAUUUUUCAGACCAUAAAGCGGUACAUGUGCUUUAAUUAAUUGUUUUCUUUUAAUUGUAAGGUCUUCUUAAAAGUAAUGAACUGCAUGAAUAGCAGAUAUUUAGCUCCAGAAAAAGAAACACUAUUUCUGCAUUUGUAUCACACUAUUAUUGCAUUUGGGAUAUAAAUGCUACUCAUCCUCUUAAUUUGGAAGUCACCAGUUAAAUGUAAAUAUUCUUUAUAUGCAUGAAGUAACUUUAGUAGGCAUAUAAUUUCAAAUAACACAAUUUCGCACAAUUGCUGUAAAAAUGUAAUUCCGUCGAUGCAACAUCCAUGCAUUAUGCGCAGAUACAUGUACGCCUCGCGUAUCUAUUUUUUGUCUCGUGAUUUCUCAGGUGGAACUAAUUAGGAAAGACAAAGAAAAAUUCCGCUCCGCGCGCAAAAUUCCGCCUGGUGGAAAACCGGCUUAAAGACGCAUAAAAAAGUUAAAAAUGUUAAUUAUGACAAAGUAUUAAAAAGACCAAAAGUAUUAUUCAAAAAUUAAGUGUACUAUACAGAAUAAUUACGAGAAUUCUUUAAUACUCACAGGGAUAAAAGAUCUCAAACAUCUAUCAGUUUUGGCGAUGGAGGUUUGAUAGUCCCGUCUACUUCUUAGAUCAUAGGCAGCACCGUAGCAGUAUCUUUCGGGUAGCAGGCCAGAAAGUUUGUGAGUCGAAUCGUUCGAUAUUUGAUGACAAGGUUUUUUGCAUGCUUUACUACGUCGCUCGUUAAGUGAUGUUAAAUUUGAUUGAUGGUACUCUUCUUUGAACACGUUCUAUUGCUUCGUUGAGGAAUAUAUGUAGGUGAAGCAAAGAAGAAACACUUCAUUGGCAUACUCGAGAAUAGGCCUAACGCAUAAACAGAAAACUUUACGAUUUUCUUCGAAGAUACCUUUGCACGUUUGAUUGAACAAUAAAGUAAAUUCGCUUAUUGGCCUUUUUCUAUCUUCUCCGCAGGCCAUUUUCCGGGACAAUUUGCGGGCGGUGCUAACUGAAUUUGACUGGGUUCAUUCUUUGGGACGACUUCAGAGACCGUCGUGUCAUCUAUAUAUUUCCAAUAGCUAAAGUCUGACAGUUCUAGGUCGUUUAUCAUAAGGAUAAAGAGCCACGGCCCCAGUUUGGUCCCUUGUCGAACACCGCAGGGAACAUCACCCCAUCCUGAGAAACAAUCCCUCGUAUGCUCGUAUAUUCGGUGACUAUAUCCUCCUUACUUCCGCCUUUCCCCCGCUAAUUAAUUAUACUUUACAUCCGCUGGACAAUAGCGAAUUGAGCCGCAUAAAUAACAGAAAAUGUAUUAAAUACCCCUUAUAUAUUGCACUUGCAAUUUAUUAUAUUGCAGUUGCGAUUUAUUAUAUUGCAAGUAUAGGAUCUAUUAUAUUGCAAGUAGGAUUUAUUAUAUUGCAAGUGGGAUUUACUGUAUCGCAAUUGUGAUUUAUUAUAUCGCAAGUGUUAUUUAAUAAACGACGAUUUUUGUUUCUAAUUGUAAAUCAUGAGAUGCUAUAAAUAACAUAAAAAUAUACAUAAUAAUUGCUUUUUUUAAAUUUUUUUUUACAAAUGGCACCCCAUAGCCAUCUACCUCGCAGGCAUAUGUGAAGCAGGCUUAAUAAUUAUUCCCUUCAGCAGUUCAGUUGGCACCUCCUUUUAUACGUUUCUAUAAUACCGUACGAUUUGCAUUGAGAUUUUUAAAACCGUUUGAUGAAACUAUCAAGAGUUUAGAGAGUAAUCUAUAUCACGAAAACUAGAUCUUGGACAAUAUUGCUUGAUGUUUUAUACGCCAAUUCAAUAACUACCCAACUCAAUAUGGGUCAUAUGCAAAUUAUAGUAUACAAGCUGUGGAAAGCUGUGGCCAUAUUGUCGCUAAUUUCUGGUGAUUUUCACCGUUAUUGUUUUCGUUGUCUAAAACCGAAACUCGAAAGGCGAUAAAACAAAUUGAGUUUUGUGCAUCCAAGCCAAAUGAGUACGUUAAUAUGCAGAAAAGCGAUAUGUUUAGCGUCGUAUUUCUGUGCGUUAUAAAUGUAAUCUUUAUGGUUGCAGGAAUAUUUCUUAAUUCUGUCGUUAUAAUCAGUCUAUGGAGGUCAUCACAACUUCGAAAGAAACUAUGCUACUUUAUGAUUCUUGUCUUGUUUUGAUGUGGCUGUAGUCGCCAUCACUCAUCCAUUCUUGAUCGUAUCUACAAUUUUUUUCUCUCUUGGAGAAAUUGAUGAAAUACGCGAGCUCACAAGGGUAUCCAUAUCUUUCAUUUUACAUGGUUCCUCGUUGUUUGCGCUUUUCACGGUGAACGUCGAAAGAUUCCUUGCGUUAACAUGUCCAUUUUUUCAUCAAACAUCAGUCACCAAAACCAAGCUCGUAUGUUUUCUGGCAUUUUUGACAGUAACGCUGGUCGGUCUAUGGCCAUUGCAGUAUUCAGUUGAAGGAAAAACAAUUAGCAAUAUUCUUGCCGCUGUAACUUUUUUGUCCCUUCUGUUCCUGUUCAUUUAUUUAAAUUACAAAAUGUUUAAAAUCGCGAAGUCAAAACGCGAGGGCGAAAGAGUUGUUCCAACUACAGCAACGAUGGAUGAAAAUAGGAAAACACGAAUUUUAAGUCUCAAAGCUCAUUAUUUCUUAAAUCUCAAUAUUUCUAUAUGUUCUUUGGCAGUUGGCUGUUUUUUUGUUUGUUCCUGCCCACAAAUUAUAUAUUCAGCUUUACGUUUAGCAUCAGAAACGCCGUUCUACGAUAGACAAGUUUUGUUAUUCAAUAUGUGGGCAAACACAUUUGUCUCCAUGAACUCGACAUUCAACUGUGUGAUAUUUUUCUGGAGAAACUCGAUUCUGCGUCGAGAAGGAAUGAAAAUAGCAAGCGCUUUCCGACUACACGUUGCUAACUAAUUAUGUUAUUAUUAUUAUACAAUAAUAUCUCUCGUAUUGUAGAAAAUUGUCUUAUUAAUAAAAUAAAAAAAUAUAGACUUUGUAUAUAUAACCAUAAAGGUUGAAGUACGCCUAUCAUUUACAAGGUUGGUUGAUUAGAAAAAUAUAUGUAUAUUUACAAAAAACCUAAUUACAAUAAUAUAGGAUUAAGAGUUUAGAACUUCUAGUAUAAUAUUACCAUUAUUUACAGAUAAAAAUGUAUGUAAUUUAUAAGUUACUCAAUGUUUAUUAUAUAUAUAUACAGACGAGGGAAUGAACGAAUUUUUAAAGCGGUUUGUCCUACAGUUAAUUGGAACGAGUUUAUUCGAUGCGCGUAGAUUGUAGCUUGGAUGUUCUGCCGGUUCAACAAGUUCAAAAAGAGUACUAGUUUGCAAAAGAACCUUUCUUCUAAAAAAUUUUGAACAUAACAGUUCGCGCCUAGAAUACAAUGUUGUGAUGUUAAAAUCUGACAAAGAUUGACUGUAUAUGAUGACGAUGGGUUGAUUAUUUUCAACGCUUUUGACUGGAUCCUUUCUAUUUCUUUGGAUAGGUAUUGGGGUAUGUUAUAAUGCCAAACGUGGGCGCAAUACUCCACAAAUGGGUCUUACACACAUAGUUUAGCGGAUUUCAUCACCUCAAUGGGCUGUUCGUCAACGAUCAUUGGAGGGAAAUUUGGAUUGUUUUUCCAAAAACAAACGACGAUUUCUUUGCAUUUACGGGGGUUUAAGGACAUGUUAUUUCUUGCACACCACCGCAUAAUUUCUUCUAAAAUAGUUUGAAAGUUCGAGUCUUGGUUUCUAGAAAGGGUUUCUGAAACAGUCGAAUCGUCAACAUAUUUCCAUCUAUCGUCGCAAUCAUUCAAAAAAUCGUUUAUCAUAAUGAUAAAUAGUAUCGGACCUAAGACAGUGCCUUGUGGAACCCCACCGUUCACUGGUUCGAAACUAGAUACCUUUAUUCAAGGUCUUGCUGUAUGACGUAUCAUCAAAAAUAAUCCGCCAUUUUGGGUGGCAAAAACGUUUUAUUCAACCAACUACUACACAGCUGUGGAUCAUUAUAACUCUUCGAAAUGCUCAAACAAAAGCAACAGGCGCUGUCAGUGCCACAAUCUUGCCACCCAAAAUGGCGGAAGUCAACAAAUACGUGCUGUGACGUCACUUGCAAGAGCCCAAUAGACCACGCUUUACGUUUAAAAUCUUCAUUAGAUUCGCUGCACUCGCGAAAUUUACACCUAUGUGUGUGUAUGUAAAACUUUAUUAAAACGUUAACCUCGUCAACGGUUCGCUGAUUCCACGAGGGCGUCAAGUAUUUUAAAAAUUGUAUACAAGCAUUGACAACAGUAUAAUAGAUUCUAGAUAUUGUGUGUGACCCAUGCAUUACAAAUAUGUUACAGUUGAUUUGCCUGAUCAGCAUUUUGUUUCAAAAAUUUUUUUUCGCUAAUUUCGCAUGAAGAGUCCUCCGCUAAACCUUUUUUAGAUAUUUUCUUUUACAUAGGCAUGCGGAGGGGGAGGGAUCAGAAAGAAAUAGGAAUACGGAGGGGGAGGGAUCAGAAAGAAAUAGGAAUACGGAGGGGGAGGGAUCAGAAAGAAAUAGGAGUACGGAGGGGGGAGGGAUCAGAAAGAAAUGGGAAUACGGAGGGGGAGGGAUCAGAAAGAAAUAGGAAUACGGAGGGGGAGGGAUCAGAAAGAAAUUUUCCCGACUUUUUUGCUUUUGGGGAGACUUGUCAAAACAUUUUUCGUGUUAAAGUUCCAAAAUUCUUGUCGACAGAGGGGGAGGGGGGGAGGGGGAGGGUUAGGAAAUUUUAGAAGGCCUUAAUUAAAACUUUUCGAGACCUAACAUAUUUAUGCAUUUUCGACGAUUAUUUUACAUAUUUCGUGCAUUUUCGGCUAUUAUCUUGCAUAUUUCUUGCUGUUAAAUUUAUCCCCCCCCCCCCGUCUUUUUGCGCAACUUGCGUACUUUAUAGUUUGCCCAAUUCUAAUUCUUGCCCAAUUCUUCUUGCCCAACUUACCUUCAUAGUUUGCCCCGUUCUUCCAUUUUUGUGUGCAAGCCAUUUUAAAUACUAAUUAAAAGAGGAUACUAGACGGGGUUGAUUUCUUUGAAAAACCUUAUAUCUAGCAUGUGUUUGUCUUGCACGAAAAUAUAAUGUAAAUGUUUUCUAGACAUCCUUUUUAUUUUCCCUGUCCCUGAACAAGUAAACAGCAAGUUAGUACCAAAGUUAGUUGCUGCAGUUGAGAGCACCCACUAUAGGCCCCUGUUUCUGUAAAGCUCGACUAUCAUAAUGAUACUCAUUAAAUCCCAUAGAAUAUAGCGACAUAGACACGUAUACCAAGUUGAUCCAUUAAAGAUGGCGACAGCUUGAAAACUAUACAUUCAUUUAAUUGCCCUUCUUGAUUUUAAGCAAGAACUGCUGACACAAAAAUUGACAGCUAAAUUGUACACGUGACGUCCGUGUUGUUGAAAACGUGGUUAAGGUCUUGGCUUGAGAAAGGAAGGAGAUAGUCUACUCUACUCAAAGCGUCCCUAAUCACCAGGGGCCGGUUGUAUAAAACUCUUAAUCACUUUUUUAAUCACUAUUUUGUAGUUAAAUAGUGAUUAACUCUCAAAUAGGCUCUUCUUAUUGGAUGUCAUUUCCACUUAACUAUGAUUAACUUUAAUCACUUUUUUUUACAACCGGCCCCAGGUCCGGUUGUUCAAAAGCCGGUUAGCUUAAUCCUAGGUUAAUGAAAUACUUGGAGGCAAUCUUCCCAACAGUUUGUUUAUGAAAAUGGCGAUGUUUUCCACAGUUUUGUUUGAUCAAUGCAACUUUUAUUUUUUGUUAUGUUAUGAAAUAGAAAGACGUGCAGGAAUACAUAAGUAACUCAGCAGGUUAAAUUUUAACCGUGGGUUAGCGCUGAUCCAGCUUUGACCAAAAGGGCCCAGUUUAUUUACAUUGCAGCCACACACGUGGUCUUAGUGUUUCUGGAGGUAAGAGCCAGCGCGCUUAUCACUCUUGCCUUUGUUUAGGGUGAGAGACCAAGACGAUCAAAAGAUGAUAGAAAACAAAGAGAAUCAAAAGAGGACCGACCAGAAAAACGUCAUUCAAGAGACAAGGGUGAAGAAGAUAGAGAAAGGGUUAGUUUAUGAAUUUAAUAACAUGAUUUGCAUGAUUGACGUCUUGACCAGGAUCGAUCUAGUCCCAAGACAGGCCAACCGUGUAGUAUAACUUACUCGAUUCUUCUGAGCCCAAUUUGGCAAAAGAUUAAGACUUAAUAUUGGGCGAGACCGAAGGACGACCUCAAUAUUGAUGUCGAGACAGAUGAAUCUGAUAGAUAUUUUAUUAUUAAUAACCUGUAUUUUAAAAACAUGUGAAUGGAAAACUCGAUUCCAUGCAUGAAGUAUGUUUUAAAGGUGAUUUGACCUAAUUUUAACGAAAAAAUUAUAUAUUGCUAACCUCAUGACUGUUGUAAAACAUAAAUUUCGCGAAUACAAAAUAAUGUUUUAUAAUUUUAAACAAAACUGGUAGAAAAAAACGGCCGUAACGUUCCAAAUCCUUUUCAUUAUUACUCUGUCAGAUCGUUUGUUGUGUGUUUGAAAUUGCCAAACAUCUGAAAAGGUUUGAUAAACCAGGAAAAAGGCCUACAUCAUAAAAUGUCGGACAGGCACGUGACCCUAUUGAAGACUUGUGAUUGGUCAAUUGCACGUGAGCGUAUAAUAAUUUAUCGUGCGAUAACCCAGCGAUACAACGUCACAUGUAAUCUAUUUUCGAUACAGACUUUGAGAAAAUUUAAAGGUUGAGUGCAGUCCGUUAUGUAAACAAAGCCUUUGUUUACAUCUCGGUAUUCAAAAUAUUGAACUUUAUUCGACAGCUAUUUAUAUUUUCAUGCUUCUACAGUAUAAUAAAUGAUCAAGAUACAACAUUCAGGCUUUGCAAGAACAUAAAAUGAAAUAAAAACCUAAUUAAAGCGUUUAUAUCACGGCAGGAGACUCCUAUGUGCGCAUGCGCAGACCGGACUGUACCCUAUCUUUAAAUACAGUACAAAAAAUUACUUUUGAGAUAAGUUGAGGAAUUGAACAAUUUUAAUGAACUUGAGUUGUAUUGUAGGAUCGAAGACGCCACAAGUCGGAGAGACAUCGAGAAGAAGGUUUACUAGAUGGCGAAGAAGGUCAUAGUAGACGAAGUAAAGAUAAUCAAGAGAGAAAACAUAAAGAUAGAAAAAAAGAGAGAGUGAAAGAUGACGAGAGAGAUAGCGGCAGUAGUGAUAGAAAGAAAGAAAGGAGGCGAAAAGAAAGGAAUGAAGAGGACGAACAUGAAGAUGACAGAAGAAGACAUCGGGAUAAAGAAGAUGGUUCAAGAAGUAAAGAGAAAAGUAGAAGAAACAGAGAAGAUCCAGACGAGUCGAGUCGUGAGAGGAGAGAUCGUGAUGAAAGAAAGAGGGAGAAAGAAAGAAACGGGGAGGAAGAAAACGGAGAUGAUAGAAGAAGACAUAAAGAAGAACGAAGUAAAGAGAAGAGUAGAAAGCACAGAGAAGAUGAAAUGGAGUCAAGUCGCGGAAGGAAAGAUCGUGAUGAAAGAAAGAAAGAUAACGAGAGAAGAAAGGAGAGUGAUAGAAGGAAAGAUGAUGAGGAAGAUCAUGAGGCUGAAAGACAAAGAAGGAAAGAUGAAAGAAGACGUGAAAGAGAUGAAGGAAGCAGAGAUAAAGAAAAAAGAGAAAGGCGACGAGAUAGAGAAACAGAUGAACGCUAUAAAGAUGGCAGAAGAGAGAAGGAUGAACAUCGCAAGGAAGGACUUGAGAAGGAUAGAAAGAAAGAGGGAAAAAGACAUGAUGGAGCUGAAGAUGACGAGCAAGAAGGAAGAAGAAAGAAACAUGAAAGACGGGAAGCAAGAGAAGACAAUGAUGGUGAAAGUGAUGAUAAAGACAGGAGAAGAAAAGAUAAGAAAAGAUCAGAGGAUGAUAUCCAGGACGGACAAAGACGACGAGAAGAUGGGCAACGAAGGAAGAAGAAAGGACAUGACCAGGUAUACAAUACAGCUCGAUUUUGAUUCCAUUUUAAGCUCCAUUCAAACGAGUUCGCGAUGUUGGACAAUGUUGAAUGAAAAUUUUAAACAGUGCCAAACCCAUUCCAACAUCUUCUAACAUCACCCAACAUUGUGUUCAAACGAGGCCAACAAUGAGGGUCCACAGUAAUUGGCUUUGCCGUUGUUGUUGCCCGGUUCCUGUAUUGUUUAUGUCAGUGUCCAUGUCUUUAAUAAAAUAAAAUGUUGCAUCCAACAUUAGACAGAUUUAGAUCGAGGACGCGAACGUCAAAGACGACGUGAAAAUGGCGUGUUGUGCCCAUGUAUGGAUAUGCCACGCCAUUUUGACGUCAUUUUCACGUCGUCUUUGACGUCCGCGUCCUCGAUCUAAAUCUGUCUAUUGUUGGAUGAUGUUGGACCACCAUGUUGGCCUCGUUUGAACGGGCGUGUAAAAGCGAUCUUGAACAGUCUAUGCCAGUGUGGGUGUAGCGACAAUAACAACAAGAUUUCAUUGUUAUGGAUGCAACUACCUGAAAAAUGCAAAGCGAAAUUCGACUUUUCGAGCGAAAGUCCUUCGCUGGGCACUUAGUGGCGAAACGUCGAAUUUCGCUUAAAAUAUUUCAGGUAGUUGCAUCUCUACCAACGAAAGACUGUAAAAAAAUAAUUGACGUAUAUUAGCUUGGUAGAAUAGAUUGACGCUAUCAUUAAUAUUUAUUUAUUUUUUGUUCAAUUUUAGGAGGAUGGUGAAAAUGAAAGGUAUUAGUCAGAAAUUUUCUGAACAUUUUAUUUUACUUGUCCGUGGUUUUUAUACUCAAGCAAGAAAAUUAAUUUAACAUCAGUAUUUCUUAUUGAAACAAUGCAAACUGGUACGUUUUUAUUCACUAAUAAAUUGAAUUCAGUUUGCUCUUUAUUAUAUAUUAAGUACGAAUCUUUUCCACUGAAUCACUGUUCAACACACUUAGUACAUAACUUAGUUAUUACUUUUAUAUUUUUAAAGACAACGUAAGGAAAGAAAGGAUUCAGCACGAGAAGUCGAAAAGAAAGAGUCUGUAAGAAAGGUAUGGAAGUGCAUCCUGUGAAACACAAUGUAGCAUGUGGACGCAACAUACUAACUAUGCCUUGUUUUCUGACGUGAAACUAAAGCUCUUGUUUUGAAAUAUUAAUGCAACUGAGUGUGCUAUUCGUGCUCUGCUUCAAACAUAAACUCGAACAAGGCAAAUGCCUGGACAUGUUAACUUGUGCUACUAUUAUCUAGAGCAAUGGUAGAUCUCUUUCAAUCAGUAACGCAGCCGAGGUCGUUGACGAAAUCCAAAAUGAAGAUGAUUAUGGGGAUUAUGAGGAUGAUUUUGAGGUCAGUUUGCACUUGCAACUGAAGAGAAUCAUUUCAGAGCUAGAAAUAAAGACUCGAGUCUAGUGCUAGAAAUAAAGUUUUGAAAUACAUUUUUAUAUUAAAUAUAUUGUCUUGUGUACUUCAUGUUAGGAUUAUGAAGAUGACUUUGAAGAUGAAGAUGAUGUUGAUGAAGAAGAUAAUGGGCACGGACAGGUCA